CCACAACCCUUGGUGUUACAUCAGUCACACGUGGGUCGCUGCUCCUCGCCGUCGCUGCACCACAAACGCCACUAAAAUGAUAUCAAAAGCCAGACUUUUGGCCACAAAUUUGUGUGCCCUCAACACAAAGAAGAAUGUUGCCCAGUUGGUACAACAGACCUCGGCUCAGAGCCUUGUUGCCCGGAGAGAUGUCUUCAAUAUGCAGACAAGAUACAAAUCAGAUGGAGUAAAAGGUGCAGUGAUUGGUAUAGACUUGGGUACAACAAAUUCCUGUGUGGCAGUUAUGGAGGGCAAAAUGGCUAAAGUGAUAACCAAUGCAGAAGGCGAUCGCACCACCCCUUCAGUUGUGGCAUUUUCAAAAGAUGGAGAACGUCUUGUUGGUAUCCAAGCCAAACGUCAAGCAGUUACCAAUGCCGGAAACACAUUCUAUGCUACCAAACGUCUUAUUGGUAGAAGAUACGAUGAUAAAGAAAUUGUUAAGGACAGGGACACUGUACCUUUCAAGAUAGUUCGUGCUAGCAAUGGGGAUGCUUGGGUAGAGGGUGAUGAUGGCAAGAUGUACUCUCCAUCGCAAAUAGGUGCUUUCAUCCUUGUUAAGAUGAAAGAAACGGGAGAAGCAUAUCUUAAUACUCCAGUUAAAAAUGCAGUCGUCACUGUGCCAGCAUAUUUUAAUGACUCCCAGCGACAGGCAACAAAGGAUGCUGGACAGAUAUCUGGUUUAAAUGUUUUGCGUGUAAUUAAUGAACCAACGGCAGCAGCUCUGGCAUAUGGAAUGGACAAAACUGAAGAUAAGGUUAUAGCUGUGUAUGAUUUAGGAGGUGGCACCUUUGAUAUCUCAGUACUUGAAAUCCAAAAGGGUGUUUUUGAAGUUAAGUCGACUAAUGGAGAUACAUUCCUCGGUGGAGAGGACUUUGAUAACCACUUGGUGAACUUCUUGUCAUCUGAAUUUAAGAAGGAACAAGGUGUAGAUGUAACUAAGGAUAGCAUGGCCAUGCAGAGACUUAAGGAGGCAGCAGAAAAGGCAAAGAUUGAAUUGUCAUCUUCAACACAAACCGAUAUUAACCUUCCAUAUUUGACCAUGGAUGCCUCAGGACCCAAACAUAUGAUGUAUAAGCUUUCCCGGGCUAAGUUUGAGGGUAUCGUCGAUAAACUGGUUAAACGCACAGUUGAUCCGUGUCUGAAAGCUCUGAAAGAUGCAGAAUGCUCCAAGUCAGACAUAGGUGAAGUCAUCCUUGUUGGUGGAAUGUCUCGCAUGCCCAAGGUUGUAUCUGUAGUACAGGAUAUCUUUGGUCGCACCCCAAGUAAAUCUGUCAAUCCAGAUGAAGCUGUGGCCAUGGGUGCUGCUAUCCAAGGUGGUGUAUUGGCAGGUGAUGUGACAGAUGUGCUGCUGCUAGAUGUAACCCCUCUCUCUUUGGGUAUUGAGACCUUGGGAGGUGUAAUGACUAAACUUAUUAACAGGAACACAACCAUUCCUACUCGUAAAUCACAGGUUUUUUCAACUGCAGCUGAUGGUCAAACUCAAGUGGAGAUUAAGGUGCACCAGGGAGAAAGAGAAAUGGCAGCAGACAAUAAAGUUCUGGGUCAGUUCAGUUUGGUAGGCAUUCCCCCUGCACCACGUGGAGUUCCGCAAAUUGAGGUCACCUUUGAUAUUGACGCUAAUGGUAUUGUUCAUGUUUCUGCACGAGACAAAGGCACUGGCAAAGAGCAACAGAUUGUCAUCCAGUCAUCAGGAGGCCUAAGCAAAGAAGAAAUUGAGAAUAUGGUCAAGAAAGCUGAACAAUAUGCAGAAGAAGAUAGAAAGCGGAAAGAAGUGGUUGAGGCAGUAAACCAAGGAGAGAGCAUUAUUCAUGAUACAGAGAGCAAGAUGGAAGAAUUCAAAGAUCAGCUACCAGCAGAAGAGAGCUCCAAGUUGAAAGACCAGAUAAGCAAAGUGAAAGAUCUUCUUGCUAACAAGGAUACUGCAGACCCAGAGGAGAUUAAGAAGCAAGUCAGUGAACUUCAACAGGCAUCUCUAAAGUUGUUUGAAAUGGCAUACAAGAAGAUGGCAUCGGAAAGGGAAAGUGGUCCAUCAAGUGAUGAUAAGGGCAAGAAAGAAGGAGAGGGUCAGCAGUGAGGUGCUUUAGUUAAUUUAAAGUGUAUAGGAGUGAUGCAUUGUGACUGAUGUAUGGAUUCUCAGUGAGGGGCCUGCCAGGGGUUCAUUCAACAUUUGUUAUGAUGAGUUAGGUUGUUGAUGAACACCACCAAGCCCAUCACUGACAUCAGUCAUGCCAACAUGCAUCUGAUAGACCAGUGUUCUCAUAGAACUUAUGUAACAAUGGCCAUGUGUGAAUGUAUAAAUGUCUUGGUAGCAUUAGUAGUGGGAGUACUCCUAAUGAAUGUUUCCAAACAUUCAACUGUAUAUCAAUAUUCCAACAUAGACGUCUAUGUGUACUAAGUUAAGGUUACGUUAUAAUUUUGUAUAAAUUUGGAGGACUACAUAAUGUACAUAAUGUUAUAAAUAAAAUAUUUUUUUUUGU